AUGAGAGAUUUCACGAAAUUUUGGGCGCUUUUCAAUGCCGUCGAAGCUCUUUCUACCAAACCGCAAAUUUACGGAAACUGCGGCGGAAAUUAUGCCGGCGUUUAUGGUACUGUUGCUUCGCCUGGGUUCCCGUUGGCGAAUUAUCCGAAGAAUUCUGCUUGUAAAUGGACUGUAGAAGUGCCGAAAGGGAUGAUUGUCGAGGUGGACAUGGAAUGGAUGGAUUUGGAGCCCGAUCCGAGUGGAUGCAAUUUUGACUUUCUCGCAUUUUACGACCAAGGAACCAAACGAAGAAAAGAAAACACCUUCUGCGGAUCCAAGCCAAUUUUCCCCAUCAUUUCAAAAAGCAACCAAUUCACGAUCGAAUUCGGAUCAGACGGAAACGAGGAAAAAUCUGGCUUCGCACUUCGCUGGAUGGCUGUAGAACCGGCAAAAGAAAUCUUCAACUGUGAUUUUGAACAAGGAACAUGUCUCGGGUGGGACUUGACUUCGAUGGGAAUCAGCGCAGAAGAAGAAAACUUCUACGCUGUGGCCGAACUCGAUCUGUCUCCAAGUAACACCUCUUCCACAAGUUUCACCUUGGUCUCUCCCACCGUGUGGCCGACAGCGACCGACAACUGCUUCACAUUUCAAGUCCGCCCAGGCUCCCUCGACUCCCUUCAAGUCAUCGAUUCCAGCGGCAUCGAACUUUAUUCCCAAAAAGUCGAGCUCGAUCGAGGAUUAGAAAAUUGGUCGCUUGUUUCAGUUCCACUCCCGCGAGUGGUCGAGCCAGUUCAUAUCCGCAUCAAGGGCGAGCACAGGGGAGAUAGUCCAGUUCCAGCCGCGCUAGAUGAUUUCAAUCUGGACUUUCAGAAAUGCCCGAUUCUCCGAGAAGAUAAGCCGCCGUGCGGUCUUGGACUCUACAGAUGUCAAAGUGGCAAGAAUUGCAUUCCCACAGAGUACAUUUGCGAUGGUGUUAAGGAUUGCUUUCACGGAGAUGACGAAGUCUCCUGUCAAAAACUGGAAAUUCCAGCAACUCUUCUCUUCCCAACGCAGCUGGGCCCACAGCUCCCACCACAAGCGCUCCACCAGACACCACCACUCAAGAAAAUUACUGCGAAGAAAACGAGUACUCCUGCUUGGGGCGGGCGGGAUGCAUUCCAAUCUCCUGGCUCUGCGAUGGGACGAAAGAAUGCGCACUUGGAGAUGACGAAGAAAACUGCCCCGAGAAAAAGAAACAGAACAAACAACAACCACAACGGAUUUCACGACAACAACCACUGUUUCUACAUCCAUCACAACAUCGUCAACAACUCAAACUGCAACAACGACCGUGUCAAUUAA